UCCCGUCGCCGUCACCGCACGCAUGCGUCUCGAUCUCCUCUACUAUUUCAAUUGUCUGCGUCGUAGGAAUUUACCACGAUGGGUAAAUUACUGAGUGUGAUCGUGUUUAUUCUAGUCAGUAGUUGUUUAAGUUUAAAGGGGGAGUUGUUAAUGAGUUACUGUGCUAAUUGCGCGAAUGGAGACCUGAGUGUGACUGAGUUGACUCAGGCGCGGAUAGAGUUCGUCAAGCAGCAGAUUUUGAAGAAGUUGCGGUUGAGUAAGAAGCCGGCAGUGGCUCUGCCUGUGAACAGCCUGCCGAUGCCAGUAGCGCAGGGUCAGACCCUGAGUGAAGGAACCAGCAAGCCACCAGAGUUCGAUGACUAUUACGGUCGAACUGAACAGAAGAUUAUAUUCCCAGUUGAAGGUGAAUGCCUGACGUCAGGGAGGUAUCCCUUCAAGUGUCUGCAGUUUGAACUGCCUCCUGAUGUGGAGCCUGAAGAUGUCAACGUGGUCGAGUUGUGGUUUUAUAAGGAACGCGACCCAUUAGACGAAUACAACCAAACCUUCGUGAUAUCAGAAGCAGCGCACUGGGACAGCCAGCAGCAGUUUAAGAAGACCAAACCUAUAGCCAUCAAGGAGACCAAUAUUGGUGAAGGCUGGGUGAGAGUGGAGCUGGCGUGGGCGGUCAGAGUGUGGCUGGAAGGCAGGGAGAGGCUGCACACGCUGCAUGUUGCUUGUAGAACUUGUCAGCUACGUCGCGCCCCUCUCUCCUUCCACGAGAAACACAGACCAUUCCUGGUCCUCUACACCAAGUAUGCUGGCAAAAGACGAAGAGGAAGAGCUUUGGAAUGUGGAGCCACCACCAGCGAGUGCUGCAGGGAACCGCUGUACGUGAGCUUCAAAGAACUCGGUUGGGAUGACUGGAUCAUCAAACCUGACGGCUACCACGCAUACUUCUGCAAGGGAUCCUGCACCCCGAUAUCGGCGUUAGCAAAUACUGAUAGUUAUCAUCAUAAUAUUUUAAGAAAACUUUAUGAGGCAACUAACAAGAAAGCGGAGUUCAAGCCUUGCUGUGCCCCCACUACGUUUAGCUCUCUACAAUUACUCUACAUGGACUCUACUAACACUGUCACGCAGAAGACUCUACCCAAUAUGGUGGUAGAGUCGUGUGGAUGUAUGUGAGAGUGGAUGUUUUAUUAGUUUAUAGAUGAGUGUGGAUGUUGCAAAUGUGUUUAGACUGUUGGUAAUUUGUUAGUGAAAAACGAAUUAUUUCUAAAUGAAAAGCAUAUGGUUUCAGGGUAGAGAGUUAUUAAACAAGAAUGUCGAAAAUUCUUGAAUAUUUAUCAAGUUCAUUCUUCGAAAUCAUCAAUUAUAUGAUUGAUGUUAUGUUUCGUUCAUUAAAUUUAUUGUCAGACAAAACCUAAACUAAUUUUGGCCAUUUUUUAAUUGCAAAAAAACACAUGAAAUAUAAUCAAGAUAUUUUAUUUUAUACAACAGUCGUUAUGUGAUGUAUGAAUGUGUGUGUAGUAGGUAUAAGAUGUGUAUUUUUGUGUAUUUUGUAAAUAUUGUGUAGUUUAUAAGACAAAUGUGAUAUUGUGUAGUGUCGUUGCGUAAUUAUAGGAGUAAGUGACAAAGACGUCAAGUAGUAUUUUGCUGUACAUACUGACUAAUAUCAUAUAUUAUACAAAAGAUGGAACAAUUGAAAAACAGUACUUGUCGACAUAUUAACGGAGUCAAGGAGACUAAAAAACUAGUUUUCAAAGUGAGUAAAAUAAAUAUGUAGCGAAGAAAUCUAUUUCCUACCUAUGACAAUUGUUUUGAGCAGCCAUAAUCAAAAAUUUAUACUCUUAAUUCUACUUAUAAUUUUGAUUGUAUACUUAUUGUAGGUAAACAUUCCUUUAAAUAUGUGAGUCCAUAGCCACAAUGCAGUUUACCUAACAUUUUUUGUGUUAUUUUAAAAUAUGUUUCACAAUAUUUCUAAUUUGUUUAUUGACUUUACUCCUAUAAUUAUGUUAAUUAGUAAAUAAUAUUGUGAUUGUAAGAUUAAUUUAACUAUAACCAGUGCAUUUAUUUUAUUUAUAUAACUUCCGUUAUCAUGACAAUUUAUUGUGUCUGUGUUGGAUAUCUUUUUAAACUUUCAUUUUUAUGCUUGUGAUAUGGCUUUAUAUUUUCAACUAUAAAUGAGAGUACUAGUAUAAAGGUGCUCCCACACAACAGUUAAUACAACGUUAGAUACUGACUUAUCAUUUAUUUUUAAAUAAGUUAUAACAGAAGUUGUAGCAAUAACUUGACAUGUUGUAUACCGCGGCAACUGUCGCGUCAUACGUCGUCGUCGACAGGUCGCGAAAUGCUGCUCAUCAAUAUGAGCCUCUAGCAUGGCUUGAAACUAGUCGAGUUCCUCGUCAAAUAAU